AUCUGAGAGUUGACAUGUUCACAUUCCAUAAGUAGGCUAUAAAUAGACCAUAUCAUAAGUUCAUCAUUAUCAAACUCAAAGUACAAUACUUUCCUUCUUUUGUUUCCCUCUGAAAUAUGCCGAUCCCCGUGAUUGACUUCUCCAAGCUCAAUGGUGAAGAGCGAGAGAAGACGAUGGCUGAGAUCGCAAACGGAUGUGAGGAAUGGGGAUUCUUUCAGUUGGUGAAUCAUGGGAUUCCAGUGGAGCUCCUUGAGAGGGUGAAAAAGGUGACCACUGAAUGCUAUAAGGUAGAGAGGGAAGAAAACUUUUUUAAGGACUCAACACCAGUUAAGCUGUUGAAGGAAUUAAUUGAAAAAAAUGGCGAAGAAAAACUCGAAAACCUGGAUUGGGAAGAUGUCUUCCUUCUAACGGACGAUAACGAAUGGCCACCAAAGACCCCAGGAUUCAAGGAAACAAUGACUGAAUACCGUGCCGAACUAAAGAAACUGGCUGAGAAACUGAUGGAAGUAAUGGAUGAAAACUUGGGGAUACCAAAGGGACACAUUAAAAAGUUGUUCAAUGGUGGUGAUGAAGAAACUGCGUUCUUUGGGACAAAGGUGAGCCACUAUCCACCAUGCCCUCAUCCGGAGAGAGUCACCGGUCUUCGGUCUCAUACGGAUGCUGGUGGUGUCAUCCUUCUUUUCCAAGACGACGUGGUUGGAGGUCUUGAGAUUCUCAAAGACGGUAAAUGGACUGAUGUUCAACCAAUUCCAAAUGCGAUUUGCAUCAACACUGGUGAUCAAAUAGAAGUGUUGAGUAAUGGGAGAUACAAAAGUGUUUGGCACCGUGUUCAGGCUGUGCCCAAUGGGACUAGGAGAUCAAUUGCUUCAUUCUAUAACCCAUCUUAUAAUGCCACCAUAGAACCAGCAAGCCAACUGAUCCAAAAAGAGAACAAAGAGGUUAACCAUUUUGGUUACCCGAAGUUCGUGUUUGGUGACUACAUGUCGGUCUAUACUGAACAGAAGUUCCUCCCAAAAGAACCAAGGUUUGAAGCUGUGAAAGCGGCGAAUUAAAGUAACAGUGUCGUGCCAUCCUUUAUGUUUAGCGUUUAAUAUUUACGAGUGAUUAAGGAUUAUAAGCUCUUCUCCAUGUGGCAAAAAUGCUCCCUGGGUAUGUCCUUCUGCUGCUAGCUAUGCAGAAUGUGCACACAGCUUAUUUCUAUUUGAUGUUUUUAAUGUAUGUUUACUUUUCAUAACAUUGCAAAUUAUGAGCAUGUUCAUGUUUGCUUUGUGUCACUUGUUUAUUUGCAGUCAUUUCUUUAUUUCUUGGGAUUAUGUAACUUUGAAUACCUUGUAAUAUAUGCUUUGUGUUGAAAUGUAUGCAAAGGUUACUGUUGAAACGUA